UUGCGCACUGGUGAAAGCAUAUGUAUAGUUAUCGGCGAAGAUAACGCGUAAAAUGCAGAGGUAGAGGGAAAGGCUUUUGGCGAUUUUUCGUGUACACACUACAACAUACUUAUCGUAUAAAUAAUAAAUAUAGUGACUGGAUCGUUAAGGGCAUUUAACAUACGUGUGAAAAUAAUGGCCAUGGCUGGACGAGUGAUAGAUUGGUUUUCGCGAGUUUUGCAUUGGAAGUUCAGAGGAAAUGAACCAGCUGUGCACAUUGUAACUGAAGAAGAACAUAUUACUCGAGCGUUGGGACGAUUUGAACCCUACGUUAUAAAAUUACAAAGAGUGUUAAUAUGGGAAAGCCCACUCAUUAGUGUACUUUGUAUCUUAGUCGUCAAUCUUUUCUUCUGGUUAGCAGUUAACUUCGAGUGCCGCUUCUAUGGCUUUGUGUUCUGGACGAUUCUCAUUGGAUUUUUGUACGAUAUGUGGAUAGAGCGAAUUUGGCCAGAAAUUUCAAUGCCAGUAGCAGAAAGAAGCCAAAGCACAGGCGACUGGAUAUCUGUUCAUCCUAGUGUUUUAAGCGUACCUGAAAUCAGUCAUUACCUUAGUGAAAUUCACAUGCUGUUGAAAGAUUAUUAUAUCUGGAUGAAAACUCUUAGAGGUGAACAACCUGGUGUGUUCUGCUGUGGCAUGAGUUGCUGUUUUUUUGGCCUCACUCUUAUCGGUCGUGCAGUACCAGGCUCUGUCAUAGCUUACGUUCUUGUAAUGCUGUUUAUGAUAGGACCAGGAAUCUGUAUACAUUUGUUGCCUCCAUCUGUUAUUGAAAAACUGAAAGGCAUUAGAACUCUUUUCAGAACAAAAGGCAAAGAUACAGACAGUGAAGUGGAGGAAUACCUUCCAGAGCAAACAGGAGAAAAUCUCACCUUGUUGCAGCUGGCUGGAGACCCUGUUGAUUUUGACAAAGAUGAGGACCAGGAACCUUCUCUAAAUGGCACUGAGGAUUUUGCCCUUGAUACAGAGACUGGAGAUUCUUCAAACACACAAACUUCAUUUACAACUGGAGUAAGUGUUAUGCCAUCUCAUGAUGAGGGAAGCACAGAUGGCUUGGAUGUCAGUGAAUUUGAUCUUGCAACGUCUGCACAGCCACCACUACCACAGCCACCGAAGAUAUGUGAAAGUCCACAGCACAUAAAACAAACUCUUGGUCCAGAUUUUUCUGAGUCAGAUGAGGAAGAUAUAGCAGGAAUACACUUUCAGAGCUCACAUUUUAAUGGAGACAGUUCUGAUGAGGAAGAUAAAGCUUUCACUCAAGGUCUCAUGUUUUCUGAUAUUAGCCAUUCAUCUCAAAAUCCAUCUUCAGUAAGAAAGACAAGUGAGUCAGCUCCAGCAGAUGUUGGAGAAAUGCUCACUUCAUCUGUCAUGCAUGUUGUCUCGAAGAAUAUAUCAAAUCUAGGAGCUAUGGGUCAAAGUUUACUAUCUACAGUUAUUGGCAGUGGAGCAAAACAGAGGGAACGAAGGAAACUGGAAGUACAGCAGCUCAAUGAACAAACAUCAUCAGAUGAUAGUGAAGAAGAUUUUGAAAUGGUUUCACAAGAUGAUCUGUCAUAAUAAAUAACAUGCUUGUACCAUAGCUGUGUGAGAACAUGUUGUUUGAUAAGAAUAACAUAGGAGAAGUAAACAAAUUCGCAUAGAAUUAAAUUUUCUGAUGACCUAAGAAAAAAGAGCUCACUCACCUUAACUGCACAGAAAAGCUAAGGUGGAAACUUACAAAGAUUUUAUAAAUGUAUUUAAGAUCUUAUAAUUUUGAUCAAAUUGUUGAAACUAGUUAUGGCACCGAGGGGAGUAGCGUCAUCUGACCAUGAUUAACACCAGUCUGUGAUUACAGUGCUGUAGUUUCCCAGACCAAAGUCAGGGUAACUAAAUUGAGACAAUGUACCUUUCAGUUGUAAUGUGUUAUACCUUUAUAUUGUCCAGUUGAAUUGAGAUGCAUGGGACUAUGUGACUUUUAAUUCUGUAGUCAAGGAAACAAAAAUUUUUGUAGCGAAUUAACAAAUGUCUCUGAUGUUCAGUCUUGCAUGAAACACUUAAAUUUUUUGUUUGCAUCUUUUAAACUUAUUUUAAAAACCACAUUGUCCACUACAUGUUUCGACCAUCAUUGACUGUCAUCAGCUGUUUUGAAAACUGUUCUGUGGAGACUGCUGUGCUUGCAUUUUUUCCUUCUAAUGUAGAAUGAUGUGUAGCCCAAAAGUGUUUGCAUGUCUCUGAAGUUCUUUCUCACAUGCAAACACUUUUGGGCUGCACAUUCUGCAUUAGAAGGAUGCAAACACUUUUGGGCUACACAUCCUUCUAAUGUAGAAUGUGUAGCCCAAAAGUGUUUGCAUGUGAGACAGAACUUCAGAGACAUCUGUUAAUUAAUUAAUAAUGUGCAAUAGGAUGCUACAAUACAAUAUUUGUAGUGAAUUUUCGUGAAACUUUAUGUAUACGCCAUUCAGCUAUUUUAAUUUAAUUAACAGCUUAUAUUUUUUUAAACCAGGAACGUGCUGCUUUAUGUAUAACUUGAUGAACAAAAUUUUUAAGUGUAUCUGGUUGAUAUCAUCUUCUAAAUGUUACUUGUAAAUAUAAUUUAAAUAACAUUAUUAGAUACAUGUUUCAGAAUAUGACAGUUUCAUUGAUGAUUAUAUAAAUAUUCAUAAAUGAAGAAUAGCCAGGUAGUGACAAGUUUUUUCAAAUGUUAUUCUUUUUAAGCGCAAAUUUUUUAUUAUGCAGGAAAUCCAAACAUGACCCAACUUCAGCUUCAUAUAAAGUAGGUAUUGUGACUUCUCCUAUGGUAAAUGAUGAGUGUCUUCAAGUCAGCUUGUUGAUAAAAUACUGCAGCCUAGCCAUAUCAUGUACAUAAUUAGGAAAUAAGUUGAGGUGAUCUGUUUUCCUGUAAGGUACAGUGUUUGUUUUGGCAAUAGAUUUCCCUCUAAAAUAUUGAACCUAUUCUUAUGUAUCUGUGGGAACUCCCCAUAUUCAAACAAACGUUACAGUGACAACUCAGGUACCAUUGCUUAGCAAUGGUGAGUAAACAGCCAUUGCUAUGUAUGGUCUACAACAGUAUGCGACUAUGGGAAGGACCCACGGACUGAUGUGCGCCUUGGAAAAUUGCCAGUGGUGCGGAGAACCUUGUUUUGCAGGGACUGCAAUUUCACUAGAUGGGUGUCUGCCGCAAAGUCCGAGCCAGGCAGGACUAGUACAAGUCAUUACAGAUCUAACGAGAGCUUUGUGGAGGGUUAAUUUAAUGUUAGUGCUCAAUUGCUCACUUUUGAUAAGGGAAUAUACUCUAAUGAAUGUUCUGAAGGCCUUGGCUUCAAUCAUUUCUUGGUGUAAUCUUCAUGUAACUCUCU